CCUACUCUCGGCUCUUGGCUCUGAUGACUGCUGCUGUCUUCUCAACUCCCAUUUUCCACAGGAAGAUGAACAUGGCAGCUUUUGAUAUAUGUGUCCUCAUCAAAAGCCAGGGUCAGGCAGUUUUUUCCUCCAGUGAACUGGAACCGUACAUCCAUACUGAACUGCAGGGGACACUGAAUGUGAAGGGACUGAAGCUUCUGUACAACCCUUUAACAGACAAAAAUGAUGGCUGCAGACUCUUGGCUGUGGAACUGACAUCCAGCAACACCAAGCCCGUGGUGCAGGAAUUCCAGAGUGUUGAGCUGUCCUGCAUCAUUAAAUCCACCGUGACACCAGAUCCCAGAAUCGAGUGGAAGAAAAUCCGAGAUGGCGAAACCUCUUAUGUGUUUUUCGACAAUAAAAUGCAGGGAGACUUUGCGACUCGUGCAGAAAUUCUGAGCCGGACAUCGCUGGUGAUUAAAAACACCACCCGGAUGGACACUGCCACAUACCGCUGCGAAGUGGCAGCACCUUCUGAUACUAAAACCAUAGACGAGAUAAAUAUCCAACUCACAGUCCAAGUGAAGCCUAUGACUCCUCGAUGCUCUGUGCCUAAAGCUGUACCUGUGGGCAAGACAGCCUCUCUUCACUGCCACGAGAAUGAAGGUUUCCCAAAGUCCACUUACAGCUGGUACCGCAACAGUGAACCUUUAUCACCAGACACAAAACCCAACGCCAAGUUCCAGAAUUCCUCCUACACGCUGAACCCCACCACAGGCACUCUGGUUUUCCACGCUGUGCACAAAGGCGACACAGGCCGUUACUCCUGCAUAGCAACAAACGAUGCUGGCUUUGCUAAGUGCGAGGAGCAGGAGAUGGAAGUCUAUGACAUCAAUAUUGGUGGGAUAAUCGGUGGAGUCCUGGUGGUCCUAGCAGUGUUGGUGCUCAUCACUCUUGGUAUCUGCUGUGCCUACAGAAGGGGUUACUUUGCAAACAGCAAAGAGAAUGGGGAAAGCUACAAGACUCCAGCAAAACCUGAUGGCGUUAACUAUAUCCGGACAGAUGAUGAGGGUGACUUCAGACACAAGUCUUCAUUUGUCAUAUAAGACGCCGAAAGAAUAUUGCAAACCAGCAAAAGCAAGUGUGAAAAUACCUCCUCCAGGAACUCAAAGCGAGAGCAAAAGAUGAAUUAAGUGCGCUUGGAAGAGUUUGGAACACAGAAGAACUUGAUAGCUAGCUAUCUGUAUAUCUUUUUUCUUUUCUUUGCCAAAGUUUAUCAAGUAACUCCUCACUGCCCAACUCGCAUCUCCCCUGCCUCCGGAGAUACCAACAGGAA